AUGUCGCUUCCUAUAACGCCCCCACCAGUAGCUACGACUUUCUCGCUACCCCUAACAAGCAAGAAGAAAACGCCACGCCUUGACGCAUAUGGCAAGCUACUCCAUAGGUUCUGUGAGGUGUUGUUCCUCCUCAAAGGACUCGGACCAAUUCGGGGGCCGCAUACGCGAGUGCCGCCACCACGAAAUGAGGCCCAUGGUCGACAGCGAGACUUUUUCCGCAAUCUUGCCCUUGUAUGCGACGGUCAGAAGGGAGGUUCAACGGUCACAGCGAUUGGCCUUGCCAAGAAAGAUGGCAAGCUCUGUAUCUACGCCGCUGCCAACGAUGAUAGCACCGCCAUUGACUUUCUGCGACUAUGCGUACGGUUCUUCUCGAAGUUUAUGGCCGCCGAUGUUCAGAGGCAGCACACGUUGCAGCGAAUGUUCAUCGAGAUGUGCGUCCAACACGCUACUCCAAGAAUCCAGUCCUACACUACCAAUCUCAGGAAUUGUUUGGACGCUUGCAUCGAUGGUAUACUUGCAAUGAAAGAUGUCCAAUAUCUUCCGCUCGUACCAUGGCUACGAUCCAUACAAACAAACUGCCGUGGUGGUGUUAAACCACUGGCCACAUGCAUUGCAAUGCAUAAAGCAACGCAGCAGGGCCUGUGGAACCAACUUUGCGCAUUGGCUGAUGCAACCUUGGACAAAACUUCACAUUUCCCCAGAGCUAAACAUAAUAUUGGCCGUCUCUCCAGUAGGAUACGAGCCCCCCACGCUAUGCUAGCCAGUCUUCAGGACUUUUCUGGAGAAUUUAGCGCUUUGCGAGUCCACAUAGCUGUCAUUGCUGUGCCCCCUAUGGCUGCUGCGAAAUGGCCUGAGCCAGACAGCCACACUUCAUUGGAUGGCAUUUUAGGAAGGAUGGUUGGCGCAAAUUUUCCUCGCAUGGAUGAGGUCAAGGCGCGUCUCCUCUUUCUUGAUAUGGUUUAUGAUCGAGAGCCGCUACAAGCGAUUCUGCUCCAUUAUACAGAGUCGGAGCCGUUUGUGCACGCUGAGAUACGCGUCUUGGAGCACCUUGAUACUCUCGAGGUCGAGUUUUUCAACAAUGACCGGUACAUUUAUACCAGCAAACCAGCGUGUUAUUGCUGCAGGCUGUACUUCGAAAAGUUUUCUAAAGGCAUAAUUGUUCCGGAAAGCCAUUUUAAAAUUCCCAAGCACUGGGGAUUCCCUAAGGUGGAAGAAUUCUCUAAGUACGAUGCUGCCUCUAUAGAGCAGCGUGAUUUGAUCAAUGGAAUGAACAAGGUGAUGCGGACUGAAAUCUUGCAGCAGAUUGAUGGCAUCACCAUACCGGCUGGUUGGCAAACUGAUUCGACCACCGGGGUACCUAGCAUUGUGUCUCUAGAUACCGUGUCUGUCUUUAGCGACGACUUGUCGCCACGGUUUGAGUUGGGGACAUACGGUACUAGCAUCCAGCUUACAGAAGAAUUCGAUGACGGUCAACUAACCCCAAGACCAUUAACACCAGGGCCAUAG